UCUCUUCCUGCAGUUCAAAUGCUACACACUAGAUUAGUCUCUCUUGGUUCUCAACCCAGUUAAAAUGGAGAGCAGAUAUUUCAAAGAAGUUGCUUCUUUUAGAUAUUUAUCAACUUUAUUAGUUUUAUGGUAUUUUAUUUUAAAUUGUGCCGCAGUAGAAGAUGACGUCCUCUUCACUGUGACCCGAGCACCGCGCUACCUCGGCAUCCUGCAGGACCACCGCGGAGAACCGCUGUCCGUCGAACCCUCAGCGGAAUACAUGGACCAGGACUACAUAGCCACUAACAGAAAGCGACACAAAAUGAACUGGGAUAAAAACCCCCUGGACGUCGACGACUUCGAGGACGAGGACACGGAGGAGGAGGACAAGGACCGUGACGUGCGGGGCAGGGGGAGGGGCGGGAACAGACUACCUGGGGCACCGGUUUAAUAUACUUGAGAU